UGAAAAUUUUACCGGCCAGGUUGUUUGGAACCAGAUCGAGAGGACUGCAGAUCAAUGUUUCUGUGAAUAAAAAUACACAAGUGAUGGAUACGUGUUUGGACAAGAAACCAGAUAAAGUGGGACCGAUUGUGGUUGAGGAUUUGAGAGAGAAUUUGUUUGCUGAUUGUUGUGCAAUUCCAUCUGCUAUGCCACAGGAUUCUGUAUUAUUUGAGAAAGAGCAUCUGCGGGCCUACCUCAGGAUACGUCCCUUUACCGCAGAAGAGAAUGAAAGUGGUGAAUCUCAGGAAUGUGUCUCCAUGGAGCCACCAGACACCGUUUUACUCAGGGUACCUAGGACCUCUUUAUCAACCAGACGACAAACCAGUCACUCAGACGGUGACAAACCAGUCUCUCAGACAGCCCAACGAUUUCAGUUCACCCAGGUGUAUGGCCCUGACACUACACAGAGGCAGAUGUUUGAUGGCACAGUGAAACGUCUGGUAAGGGAUGUUCUAGAAGGAGGGAAUUCUGUUGUCUUCACAUAUGGAGUCACCAACGCUGGGAAGACAUUCACAUUACUCGGCCCUGAGUGUGAUGGUGGAAUUUUGCCAAGGUCGUUGAACGUGAUCUUCAACAGCAUUGAGGGCAGAGUCUACACGCGGAACGACGUCAAACCACAUCGAUGCAGAGACUUCACCAGGCUCACAAAGUUCCAGCAGGAUGAAGAGACUACAAAUAAGCUAAACCUCUUGAGACUGUCAAAGGAGUGUGGUUUUCUGAAAGGUACGAUGAGCUCCACUUGCAGGUCAACAAUAGUGGAGGGUUCUUCCUUAAGUGAUGUCAGUGAUCAGGGGGAAGGAGACAGGUUCUGCCUGGAUGUGGACUCCCACACUAAAUACUCUGUGUGGGUGUCCUUCUGUGAAAUCUACAAUGAGAAUAUCCACGACCUACUGGAGCCCAUUCCUAAUGGCUCACAUAGGAGAACCGUCCUUCGGCUGUCCCAGGACAUCAAUGGCAACACUUUUGUGAAAGCUCUAAAGUGGGUUCAAGUAAACAAUUUCGAGGAGGCGUACAAAAUCAUGAAGAUCGGAAAGAAGAACCAGAGUUUCUCCUGCACGAAGCUCAACAACGUCUCCAGCAGAAGCCAUAGCAUAUUCUCCAUUCGGAUCUUGCGUAUUGAAGAUGUUGGUGUACCCAGAGUCCACACAAUUAGCGAGUUGUCGUUGUGUGAUCUGGCUGGAUCGGAGAGAUGUGGAAGGACUCAGAAUAAAGGAGUGCAGCUAAAAGAGGCUGGCAACAUCAACACCUCAUUGCUGAUUCUGGGCAAAUGCAUCAACACUCUGAGGCUCAACCAACAAGCCAAGUUCCGACAACAUGUGCCCUUCAGAGAGAGCAAGCUCACACACUACCUCCAGGGCUUUUUCUCUGGUAGAGGGAAAGCCUGCAUGAUCGUCAACAUCAACCAAUGCGCCUCCAUGUACGACGAGACGCUCAACGUCCUCAAGUUCUCCGCUGUUGCCCAAAAGGUGGUGGUCCUCAAUAUCAAACCAGUCCUUGCCAUUGCCCCAAAGAUAUCUGCCAGAGAGGUGUCCCUCAUCAUCAACAAUGCUGACUGCAAAGACCUAUGGAGUAGGAGGAGGAGCUCCAUGGUGGCUUGGGAAACCACUCUGGAGGAUUUGCAGGAAGAUGCGGAUGAUGAAGAGGAAAGUUGUGAUGAGGGAAUGGCAGAGGGAACCAUUCUUGAGGAACUAAAAGAGAAGCUUCUGAAGGAGGAAGCUGAGAAAUUGGCUUUGGAGUCUCACAUCCGUGAAGAGGUCACCAUCGAGUUCAUGGAGCUUUUCUCCAAAAUGGAAAGUGAUUACAACGAGCGUCUUGCGAAAGAGAAGGAGAUCACAGAGGACCGAGUGGACAAGAGGUUGGAAAUCCUGAAAAAUUUAGUCGGCAAGAGUGUUAGUGAGUGUGCAAGUGUCUCUUGUGACAAGGAAACAACAAAGGAGGAUAAGGUAGGGCUCUUGGAGGGGAUCGUUGACACUAUGCGAGACGACCUGGCUAGAAUCAGGAGGGAUGCGGAGGCUGCACAGACCUGCCUGGUGGACCUGCCUGAGUCUCCUGGCACUGUGGCCAGCCUGAUGAAGCAAGUGGAGGACUUAUCAGAGGAGCUCCUCAAGACCCAACAGCAACUCAAACUCAAAACCAAUGAAAUGGCAGAAAUGAGCAUUGAAAUGAAAACAUUGUGCGGACAGCUAGAGGAAGCUAAGGAGAAUUUGGAAUCUCAGACGCAGAAUUUUGAGGCCUUAAUGGAAACCUGCCAUGAGAAAGACAAUGUGAUAACCAAGCUGCAGGAAGCAAUGGACCAGAAUAGUGAGGCUUCAACUAGGGAUAGGGCCUUCAAGGAGGAGAUCCUGAGCUUGAAAGAGAAUUGUAAAUGUAUGAGCCGGGACAGUCCCAGUUCUGAGGAGGGCAGGAAACGCCAUGCAGAUGUCCUGGAAGACCUUGAUGAUCAGCCUGCCCUGAAGAAAGGGAGUCUUGAGGUCGAGCGUCUCAUUCUGGCAGACGAGUUAGAGAAACUCCAGGUGGUAUGUCGCCAAAAAGACAUGACCAUUUCACAGUUAAAAGAAGAAAACGAGGCGACGGUUCAGAAGUUGGAGACGGUCAAAGGAGAGAUAAAGAAUGAAGUCGCUGAAGAGCUCAAACGUGAGAGGGUUUCAUUUGAACAGACUGUCCAGAAGCUCAGCGACGAUCUGGAGGAGCAGACUGAUUGUUGUGAAGCUGUUAUGGCCUCGCUGGAGAAAGAGAGGAAAGAGACAGCCAGGCUCUCCAAAGACAACAAAGCUCUUGUCAACGGCAUCUUCCAGCUCCAGCAGACAUCAUUGAAAGUGGAGUCUUCUGUGAAAACUCUUCAAACAGAACUUACCGAACAGACUGAGAGGUCCGCCAAGCUUCCAGAGGAGCUAGAAGCAGCCAGAGCACUCUCGAAGGGUCUUAAAGACAAAUCCAACCAAAAAUACCAAACCAUUGAAUCCUUGACUUUGGAAACAGAACGACUCCGGAAGGAUGCGGAGGAACUGAAGGUCUCUUCUGCACAGAGGAACAACUCCAAGUUCCAUGACACCAUAGAUGCCAUAAAGAGGCAGUGUGAGAUCAUGGAGGAGAAGUCUGUUCAGAAGAGCCAGCGGAUAGCUGACCUGGAGCAGGAGCUCAACCAGGUCAGAGAGCAGCUCUCUGGACAGGAGGAACUCUGCAACCAGCUGGAGACACAGUGGUCGGAGGCCCAAUUCAACCUACAGGGCUACGAAUUAGAGAACGGGGGUUACAACGAAAUUAUGAAGAGUUACGCUGACCUCAAAAAGGUGUCAGGCCACCAGAAGGAGCAGAUCGUGGACCUGGAGGUGCAGGUGCGGGCCUCUGGAGGCAGCUCUGAGAGGGUUGCAGAGUUGGAGAAGCAGCUGGCUGAGAUGGAGGCCCAGUGCAGAGCUCUGCAAGAGAGACUAGAAGAGGCUCAACGGAAACUGGAGGAAGUGGAGAGUCAUGGAAAGUCCAAGGAAAAGUUGAUUGAAGACAUGCGUCUUGCACUGACAGAGCAGGAGAGGACACAGACCGAACAAGAGCAGAUUCUGGAAGCCAAGGUGAAAGAGAUUGAGGCUUUAAGUGAAGAGCUGACAAGUUUGAAGGGUGGCUGCCUACAGAAAAACACAAACGGUGCCAAGUCCUCCCAUGUCCUCAACGACUGUCCCGGCCAGUGCGAGAACGUGACGUGGGAAUGUCAACGGACCGAAGAGAGCUUGAGGCUGUCUAAUGAACAGUAUGAGUCGGAGAGGUGGCUUGAAGAGAAGGCCAUUCUGAUGAAGGUAGCCAAUGGGCCAGAGGAGGAGAAGAGUCCGUGCCUGGCCCUGGAGUUCUUGAGAGGGUGUUCAGAAGAGCUCCGCUGUAGGCAGCUGCAGACUGAAGAGGAGACCUUGCCAAAGCAGCCCUCUGAGAAAGAAGAGAGCAGGGAGGAGAGUGGCUCUCUGGUGGAGGCCCUCAAAUUAGAGAUGCAGAGACUCCAGGAGAGGAAAGCAGACAAAGCGAGAGAACUCAGGGAGCUCAACGAGCACGCCAACUUCCAAACACAAGAGGAACUGGACUUCUCGGAGGUGUCCACAGACGGCAGCCGAGAGCAUCGCUUCCCCAAACCAGAGCUGGAGAUCCAUUUCACCACUCUGCAACCCAACAAGCUGAACAUCCGGAGGCAGGAAAAGGACAAAAUCACCCGCUCAGCCAGGAAGAGAAAAAGCAACAAGAUGGAGAAGGACCCUGUGGAAAGUGAAAACAAAAAUAAUAUAAAGUUGAGGAGGGACAACAGAGUGAACAUACAGUCGCCGACCGUGCUCUGUGUAAAAGCAGACCAGAAGAAGCAACAGACCCCAGCAAGUCUGAAAUGCAAAAAGGAUGGAACCCUCCAGAAGAUUGGAGACUUCAUCCAGAGUUCCCCAAGUCUGCUCGGAAGCAAAGCGAAGACUAUUAUGGGGAUUGUAAGUGGAAGACCUACAGAGCGAGAGAAAGACACAGCAGUGAAACCGAAGAGGACCAAGAGGAAACUGUACAAGACCGACAUCUCCUCCCCUUUGGACAUCCCGUCUCAUCUGAUCCUUGGUCUUGAUCAAGAGAGAGAAAGCAACCGUCUCAUUAUCAAGAGGCAGCUACGGUCGAUAACAGCAAGGAAAUUAUUACAAACUUGGUCCAAAGUGUCUGAGAGUUUAUUUCUUACUCUCUCAUAUAUAUACAUACAUACAUACAUACAUACAUACAUACAUACAUACAUACAUACAUACAGUGGGGCAAAAAAGUAUUUAGUCAGCCACCAAUUGUGCAAGUUCUCCCAAUUAAAACGAUGAGAGGCCUGUAAUUUUCAUCAUAGGUACACUUCAACUAUGACAGAGAAAAUUAGGGAAAAAAGUCCAGAAAAUCACAUUAUAGGAUUUUUUAUUUUUACAUUUUACAUUUAAGUCAUUUAGCAGACGCUCUUAUCCAGAGCGACUUACAUGAAUUUAUUUGCAAAUUAUGGUGGAAAAUAAGUAUUUUGUCAAUGACAAAAGUUUAUCUCAAUACUUUAUAUAUAUAUACCCUUUGUUGACAAUGAGAGAGGUCAAAUGUUUUCUGUAAGUCUUCACACACUGUUGCUGGUAUUUUGGCCCAUUCCUUCAUACAGAUCUCUUCGAGAGCAGUGAUGUUUUGGGGCUGUUGCUGGGCAACACGGACUUUCAACUCCCUCCAAAGAUUUUCUAUGGGGUUGAGAUCUGGAGACUGGCUAGGCCACUCCAUGACCUUGAAAUGCUUCUUACGAAGCCACUCCUUCGUUGCCCGGGCGGUGUGUUUGGGAUCAUUGUCAUGCUGAAAGACCCAGCCACGUUUCAUCUUCAAUGCCCUUGCUGAUGGAAGGAGGUUUUCACUCAAAAUCUCACAAUACAUGGCCCCAUUCAUUCUUUCCUUUACACGGAUCAGUCGUUCUGGUCCCUUUGCAGAAAAACAGCCCCAAAGCAUGAUGUUUCCACCCCCAUGCUUCACAGUAGGUAUGGUGUUCUUUGGAUGCAACUCAUCAUUCUUUGUCCUCCAAACACUACGAGUUGAGUUUUUACCAAAAAGUUCUAUUUUGGUUUCUUCUGACCAUAUGACAUUCUCCCAAUCUUCUUCUGGAGCAUCCAAAUGCUCUCUAGCAAACUUCAGACGGGCCUGGACAUGUACUGGCUUAAGCAGGGGGACACGGCUGGCACUGCAGGAUUUGAGUCCCUGGCGGCGUAGUGUGUUACAGAUGGUAGGCUUUGUUUCUUUGGUCCCAGCUCUCUGCAGGUCAUUCACUAGGUCCCCCCGUGUGGUUCUGGGAUUUUUGCUCACCGUUCUUGUGAUCAUUUUGACCCCACGGGGUGAGAUCUUGCGUGGAGCCCCAGAUCGAGGGAGAUUAUCAGUGGUCUUGUAUGUCUUCCAUUUCCUAAUAAUUGCUCCCACAGUUGAUUUCUUCAAACCAAGCUGCUUACAUAUUGCAGAUUCAGUCUUCCCAGCCUGGUGCAGGUCUACAAUUUUGUUUCUGGUGUUCUUUGACAGCUCUUUGGUCUUGGCCAUAGUGGAGUUUGGAGUAUGACUGUUUGAGGUUGUGGACAGGUGUCUUUUAUACUGAUAACAAGUUCAAACAGGUGCCAUUAAUACAGGUAACGAGUGGAGGACAGAGGGGCUUUACAGGUUACAGGUCUGUGAGAGCCAGAAAUCUUGCUUGUUUGUAGGUGAUCAAAUACUUAUUUUCCACCAUAAUUUGCAAAUAAAUUCAUUAAAAAUCCUACAAUGUGAUUUUCUGGAUUUUUUUUUAAAUUUUGUCUGUCAUAGUUGAAGUGUACCUAUGAUGACAAUUACAGGCCUCUCUCAUCUUUUUUAGUAGGAGAACUUGCACAAUUGGUGGCUGACUAAAUGCUUUUUUGCCCCACUGUAUAGACAUGUAUAAAAAAAAAAAUCUUUACCUCUUUUGGAAAUCAGUGUCUUGGUUUUCUAACAACCUAUGUACGUAUGUGAAUAUUGUCAUUUUGUUUCUCAUUUUCCAUUAUGUUUGAGAGAAAAAAACUGAAUUGUGCUUUUUAGAAGAAAUUAUUUUUAUAUUGACAAAAAAGUGUACACACUACAGGGAACAUGGCAAAUGCCAUACGUUUUUGUCAAUGUACAUUGGCGAUGCAGCCCGUGAUCAGAGAGCAGUACACAUGGGACACAUUGGAGGAUAGAGUAGGCGUGGUUUAAUCCUGCUCGACUGGGGCCAAGUGUAUGUCACGGUCAUUUAUUCUCAGUGGCACCCAGGUGUGGCUGUCAUCUAAGGAGAGUGAUACAUUUCAACUCUCACCCCUCACCCCCUCCCUGUGGUGGGCCCCUGACAGGUCCCACUCACAGCCAGUCGGGUUCAGCCUCCGGUGGGCAAUUAAUGGGACAUUGGCCAGUGUUUGUGUCUGUCAUUGCUGUUGUCAUUGAAAACAUGUUUCCAAUGAUUACAUGCUUUUUGUUCUCUGCAAUACUUGGCUGUUUUUUUUUGUUGGCUUGUUUCCUUGCAUGUUUGGUUUGAUGUGCUUCUCGAAGUCUUGAGCCUCCUUGGCAGUGGAAAACGUUUGUGUUUGGUUCUGGAAGGUUAAGGUGUGCUUUGAUGGGUGGAUGAAGCCGCAGCUCAGGUUUAGCUUGCAUAGUUGGGAUCUCACCAUGUUGUAGGUCACCUUCUGUUUUGGCACUCAGGUCUGGGUAUAUGCGGCUCCUCUUCCCUGCAUAUUUUGUAGGUCAGACCUCCAGAUUCUGCUGCAAGGCAAACAAUUCGUCUCUUGACUUCAAAGCUCUGGAUCCAUACAAUCAUACAGCCAGAGCCAUUGCAGAUUUGACCGGUGCUGUGCGCAAUGUUAAUCAGCGGCAUGGGAACCAGCUUCUCCAGCCGAACAGUUCAUAGAAAAGAUUGCUCAUGAAGGAAGUUGAGUUGCCUGCUUCCACACCAAUUUCAAGUUCUGUGACCCGCACAUUGAAUUUACAGGAAUUAUUUUAGAGCGAUUCCGUUUUUUAGGAGUUUAUCCUUUCCAACUUAGCUUGUGCUGUUUCCAGGUCAUGGAGUCGCACCUCUGUUGGUUUGGCUCUCUCCUCCAGACUUUCCACUUUGGUUGAAUAGGGAUCAACCAAUAAUUAAUUUACCCGUUUUAACUGUAAAUUGAAGGCAGAGAUAGUUGGUAAGGAGAUUGAUUAUCUCAGAUAGUAGCGGCCAGCUCUUUCUGUUGUCGGUUAUUGAGAGUCGCCAUGUUCCCACAGUUGAAUUGUGGACAGACAAAUUCUACCUGCUGGAUCCUAAGUAGACCUGCUAGUUAUUGCUAAUGGCUCCUGAGGUAUAUUUUAAACAUUUUGGAGCCAAUUGUGUCCACUGAACUGAAAUGAUGAACACAGCCAUUCAUUUGGACUGAAUGUAAAUGCAGCACUAAUUCAGUUUUUAUUAACUAAACAUAAGGAUGCCACCCAGUGCUCUCACUAUCAUCCUCUAUCUUUGGUAUACACAGAUAUUAAACCAUUUUCCAAAAUUCUGCCAUCACACCUUGAAACUUACUUACCCAAAUUGGUACAUUUGUACCAAAGCAGGUUUGUUAAGCUAUUAUCCUCAGAUAACCUCCGUCUAUUACAUAUCUUCUAUGCUUCAUCAGAAGCCAAAACUCCAAUCUCUCGUCGCAUAAAAAGCUUUUGAUAGACUAGAGUGGUAAUAUCUUUGGUCGGUUUUGGAACAUAUGGGACUUGGCUCCAUUUUCAUUAAUAUGAUUCAAAUAUUACAGAAUUGGUUUUGUUCACCACAAAGGGGCUUUAUUACAGACAGAAAUACAGUUUCAUCAGCUGUCCUGGUGGCUGGUCUCAGAUGAUCCCGCAGGUGAAGCCGGAUGUGAACAUUCAAUUCUCUGGCGAUAGCUCUGGUGGACAUUCCUGCAGUCACCAUGCCAAUUGCAUGCUCCCUCAACUUGUGACAUCUGUGGCUUUGUGUUGUGACAAAACUGCACAUAUUACAGUGGCCUUUUAUUGUCCCCAGCACACGGUGCACUUGUGUAAUGAUCAUCCUGUUGAAUCAGCUUCUUGAUAUGCCACACCUGUCAGGUGGAUGGAUUAUCUUGGCAAAGGAAAAAUACCCAUUAACAGGGAUGUAAACAAAUUUGUGCGAAAUCAGCUUUUUGCAACCUUUCUGGGAUCUCUUUUUUCUUUUUAGCUCAUGAAACAUGGGACCAACACUUUACCUGUUGCGUUUAUAAUUUUGUUCAGUAUACACUACCAAUCAAAAGUAUUAGAACACCUACCUAUUCAAGGGUUUUUCUCUAUUUUUACCAUUUUCUACAUGUGGAAACUCCUUCAAGGCCAGCAUCCCAGAGUCACCUCUUCACUGUUGACGUUGAGACUGGUGUUUUGCGGGUACUAUUUAAUAAAGCUGCCAGUUGAG